AAUUGGCUCGGAGGGGCCAGUCGGCGGCGAAGUUGCUCGCUGGGGGCAGAGACGGCCACGCGGUUGCAGGAGUAAGCGAUCCCCCUGUGGCGAAUUGGCCAACGGCUCGUUUCCACCCUGCCUCGUUGGUGGCCACUGGAGAAGCGCGGGGGGCUCCCCAGACAGCCGUGGGGACAAGUUAGAGCCAGCACUUUGCCCCGGGCCUCGCGUGUAGCUUCCCGUCCCCUGCUCUAGGUGCCCUGGUGUCCGGAGGGGGGUGCGGGUGCGGGGGUGUGCCCUCCGUACAUGUCCCACCACCCGGGCCACCCUCUGGGCUUGUGUUCCAUCUCGCUCUUGCUUCCUGCACGGUGGUCGAGGGGAACCACUUUGCAUCAUGUCCCGGUAUAGCUACCAAAGUCUCCUGGACUGGCUCUAUGGGGGCGUGGACCCCAGCUUUGCAGGCAAUGGGGGCCCCGACUGUGCUGCCUUCCUCUCUUGGCAGCAGCGGCUGCUGGAAAGUGUGGUGGUCCUGACCCUGGCCCUGUUGGAGAUCCUGGUGGCCCUGCGGUACAUCCUGAGGCAGACGAAGGAGGACGGUAGGGGUGGCCGUGGCUGCCAGCCAGAGCAGGUGACCCAGCGGCCAGAGGAAGGCAAAGAGAGCCUGAGCAAGAAUCUGCUCUUAGUAGCCCUGUGCCUGACCUUCGGGGUGGAGGUGGGCUUUAAGUUCGCCACCAAGACCGUCAUCUACCUGCUCAACCCCUGUCACCUGGUCACCAUGAUGCAUAUCUUUCUCCUGGCCUGCCCUCCAUGUCCGGGAGCUGUCGUCGUCUUCAAGCUACAGAUGCACAUGUUGAAUGGAGCUCUUCUUGCCCUGCUGUUUCCUGUGGUAAAUACGCGGCUGCUCCCCUUUGAACUGGAGAUUUACUACAUUCAGCAUGUUAUGCUCUACGUGGUACCCAUCUACCUGCUCUGGAAAGGAGGUGCUUAUACCCCGGAGCCCCUCAGCAGUUUCCGGUGGGCCCUUCUCUCGACUGGCCUCAUGUUCUUUUAUCACUUCAGUGUCUUGCAGAUCCUGGGCCUGGUCACCGAAGUGAAUUUGAACAACAUGCUGUGUCCGGCCAUCUCAGACCCAUUCUACGGCCCCUGGUAUCGCAUCUGGGCCUCGGGACACCAGACUCUCAUGACCAUGACCCACGGGAAGCUGGUCAUCCUGUUCUCAUACAUGGCUGGGCCCUUGUGUAAAUAUCUGCUGGAUUUGCUCCGGCUUCCAGCCAAGAAAAUAGACUGAAGGUGCUUGUGUUUUUUUGUUUUGUUUUGUUUUGGGGUUUUUUUUUUUCUUCUGCCCCUGAGGAAACAAGUCCUGACUUGACUUGGAGGACACCCAGUUCUUGAUGACAUCAUGGGAGAGGGCAGGAGGACGUUUGGUGUGUUUCUUUUUCCUUCCUCUCUGUCCCUUUCUUCCACCACUUUUCCUUCCCCGGCUCUUCCCCCAGGACGGCUCCUGGAGCCUGGGCUGUAGUGCUGGAGCCUGGGCUGUAGUGCUGGAGCCUGGGCGGUAGUCCUGGAGCCUGGGCUGUAGUCCUGGAGCCUGGGCUGUAGUGCUGGAGCCUGGGCGGUAGUCCUGGAGCCUGGGCGGUAGUGCUGGAGCCUGGGCUGUAGUGCUGGAGCCUGGGCGGUAGUGCUGGAGCCUGGGCGGUAGUCCUGGAGCAUGGGCUGUAGUGCUGAGGGCCGCACGUUUCCUCCUUCCCUUUGCCGCUCUCUCCCUGCUCCUCAUGGCCUUAAAUGGCGAGACAGUAGUCAGUGGCUUUCACUCUGCUUGUUGCUGCUUUAACAACAUCUGGUUGAGGAGAAAGGGAACAACAAGCAGUAGUUCUUUUGGCAUCGAAGCGAUGAGAUUGGGCUGUGUUUCAUUUCUCCACUGCCAGGGACCUCCAGGCUUAUGCUGGGGUCCCCUUUUGUCUCCAGCACAGCCCUCACCAUAAGGGGACUGAGGCCUUGUUUCUAUACCAGCGGCAAGCCGAGAGCCAAGGGAUUUCCCAGCUCAUGGCCAAAAGAGAACUGGCCAGAUUCUUCCCACUGGUGUCCCAUGACUCAAAGCAAGCAGCCAGCCAGCCACUCCCUCCAGGAUGCUGCCAGAGGUGGGAGGUGUGGGGCGCUACCCAGCCCAGGGGCUAGAUUCCACUAUUGCAAUGGCAAAUCCAAAGUGCACAAGGUUGAAAUGUCCACAGCUAAUGCUAGGCAUGACCUUGGGUAACUUCUGCUUGAGAGCUGAGAACUGACCCAUAUCCCAAUCAGAAGUGAGCGUAGACAUUAGUCAACAGCAGUGGUAACUUGAGAAAACUGUGAUUUGAAUCAUAUGCUUGCUUUUAGUUUAAUGUUGAUAAUAGAUGACAUUUUAAUUUUGAGUGCCCCUUAAAUGUUCUCUCUCUCUUUUUUAAAGGCAGCUUCAGGGAAGGAUGAGCUAGAGUUGGGUUUUUUGGCUUUGGGGGUUUUGUGUAUUCGCUUGUCCAUUUGCUUUUGGAUGUUUGAGUUCGGAGAAUCCUUGCAUCAGGGCCUGUCUCUGGAGGGACACCUGUGGAUCCGUUUCGUGGUUUUACAGCAUGUAUCGGCAUCCUAGGUUUGGGAAUAUACAGAUCCUGCAGUGCUGUUUCUCUAGGGCCAGGUGUCGUCACUGCGGCCAGACUCAGAGCUGAAUUGUUUAGCGUGGGGGGCAUCACAUGCUCCCCACCCCGAAAGCCCACGUCUGGGUUGAAAGGGAGGUACCAAAAAAAUCAGGUCCCCAUGGGUGGAGGUUCAAGUGCUCUGAAAGGGAGACCUUUUGUUGCAAGGCAGCCUCAGUCAUACGUGGACCUCAAGAAGGGAGGUGGUGCCAUUUGCUGGCUCUUUGUUGGUUCUUACUAAGAAUAGAUUACUUAAUAACAGAAAAGAUAUUUCUGUGACCUCCUCUGAUGGGCCCCCCUCCCUCUCCCACUCUAGGCAACCCAGUUGCCCUGGGCCCAUUCAGUAUUUCAGGUGUUACUGUAUCAGACCUAGAUUGAGUUUCAGUGACUCAGUGGUCAUGAUUUUAGCAAGUGGACCUACAGGAUGGGGAAGAGUCUCUCCUAGCAAGGCGAGGCCCAGGGAAGCAGCCACGGCGGGGCCCAUCCCUUUGCAGAGGUACGCUGGCAGUGAGGUCAUCAAUCCCCAGGGUGUGGGGUUGCAGGAAGGGGGAACACCGAAUGCUCUGGCUCCCCGUGAGCUCCUCAAGAUGCGUAACCUUCAUUUUCUGCCAUCUUUGAGGGUUUGGCCGAAUUUUUCUUAGUGCCUCUCAGCCCUGGGUUGCCCUCCGGAAGAGGCAGCUCUUGAGGGGCUGGAUUCGCCCCGCCCACGGGCUGCGUGUAGGCGUGGCAGAUGAGGUAAGACCUCAGUGCCCCUUGGCCUCUUUGCAAAAGGAAAGGGGCUCUCUUCCUCCCUGUCUCCGUGGCCUGGUGCGGGGUGCCAGUCAGCUCGAGCUUCCCUUGCACUGGCGUGCCUCUAAAAGUUCGCCAUGCUGGCUGGCACUUUUCUGCUGCUUAGAGGGAAAGAAGAAAGUGGAAGCUAUGUGCCUGGCUUGGCCAGGCCAGAGGCAGGUGCACCUGUCCGG